CAGCAAGAAACCAGAACACAUCUGUGGUCUUAUUCUAUCUGUGUAGCAGUACGAGUCAUUGAGGCCUGAGCCAUGCGUCUAACUGUGGUAACCGCUGUCCUGCUGUUGGUGGGCGCCCUGAACACCGUGACUGCCGACAUUGACUGUCCUUCCAUUUGGGACGUGUGUCAGGAAGUUCCACACAUGUCAUGUGGUGACGGAUGGACCCGCUUUGAUGAGAAUCGCUGUGUCAAAUACGUCAAGACUGCAAAAACUUUCCAGGAUGCACAGGACGAGUGCCGCAGCUCCGACGGUGAUCUGAUAUCCAUACACAGCCUUCAACAGGUGGUGCACAUGCUUUGUUUGACAAGUUAUAACACCGCUCGUUCUGAACCCAAAGCUGCUUGGAUUGGAGCCAAAAGAUCAGGGGAGAACUUUGCAUUCACCGAUGGAUCUGAAUUCAACUACAAAGGAUGGUAUUUUGGUGAGCCGGACAACGUUGGUGGAGAAGAGGACUGCGUCGAGAUGAACUUCAAAGUGAUGGGAAGGUGGAAUGAUGUACCCUGCUCCAAGAAGAACUACUUUGUGUGCUCAAAGAAAAGCAAAGGAGUAUGGAAACAAAAACAAAAACUACAAAAACCAAAGCUUUCUUCAAAAAGUUGCUAA